GCGGUAGUCACACACAUGCAAGCAAUUCACUCGCACGGUGUUGUUUAAAUAUCAAGUAUGGCGGCUGACAAGGUAAACUGAAUACAUCCAGGGCGUGGUUCAGUUAUUCGAAGUCGGGAUUGAGUGCUUCAUGUAAUUCAAAACACCUGUAUCGAAAACUGUGUGACUUUUAUUUAGUAUUUUAUAAAUAAUCAAGUAAACACACGAACACGAUGAGCACCACGUUGAAGAAGAGAAGUUUGUCCGGCAAUGUGGGAGUGGUUGUAUUUUUGAUAGGUUUAGUGUGCAUCUGCGUGAGUUUUGGCACCCCAGCGUGGCUUGUAAGUGAUUAUCGGAUACCGGGAGCACAAUUGGAUAAACUGGGCUUAUGGACCCACUGUUUCCGAUCUCUGGCAAAUCCAAUAGAGGCUAACCCUCGACGCUAUUUCGUCGGAUGCAGAUGGGUCUACGAUCCGUUCACAGCGGGCUACUCGGAUAUCCGAGGAUUCCUUUUGCCUCCUUUUAUGGUAGCAACGCAGACUUUCUUUACUCUGGCUUUCUUGCUGUCAAUCGUGUCAUUUGGAUUGGUACUGCUGUAUGCUCUUUGCAGUGACCCUGAGCAACGACAUUAUAUUCUAUUGAUACAAAUAAUUAGCUACCUACUGCUGGUCGCUGGAAUUAGCGGGUGUUUAGCUGUUAUUAUAUUUGCAUGCCUUGGCAACACUGACCAUUGGAUGCCUGGGCAUGUGAACAACUUUUUUGGUUGGUCAUUCGGAUUAGGUGUUGUUGGAAGCGUUGUCUUGCUGAUAGCUAGUACUUUAUUCUUUGUCGAAACUAAUAUUCAGCGCAAGAAACGCGAGUAUCUUAAAGAAUCCCAAACGCGCUUCCAGCUGGAAUCUCAGGCCUAAGCUUUGAUUGUUUAUGUUCGUAAAUAAUUGUAAAAAAGUCCAGUAAUUUCGCAGCAGCUUUUAAUUCGAGAGGGUUUAACCCAGGGUAGAAAUUUUUUCUUAGUACAGUAUUUAUAGAUAGUAUUUAUGAGAUUUUAUCUUGCUAAUACCUCAUGGACUAUUUAGCAUCAGUCGACUAUUUGUAGAUGCAAGAAUAGCUGGAAACAUAUGAUGCUGUGCAGAAGCUAAACGAAUUGCAAUUUGUUUGUUGUUGAUGUUAUCUUUAAAAAUUCAUCGUAACAAUGAAAAUUAUUUUUAUUUCCUUUGACAAAGACGAAGCACUAAGAUGUCAGUCAAUCUUUAAUAUAAAUUUCUUAUACCCUCUUAUAUCACUAGUUAUAUGUGAGGUAAUUUUGUCUACAUUUUAAACUAACCGUAACAACAAAUUUCGACAGGAUAGUUUCCGAAAUGUACUUGAAGUAAACUUGUAGUGCGUUAUCUUUGUCCAAUUUUAAAAAACAGUUAAUAGCGCUGUGAUAAAUUUUUAAAAGUAAUGUUGACAAAAAACAAAAUAGUUCACUUUUCCCUGGUCUUAAGCUAGGUUGAUCAAAUUUGAGUAGUGCGCUUAAGAAACACUACGUUUAAGAGUUUAGGAUGAAAUGAGACAAAGAUUCAAAAUAGUUGCAAUUCAAUUUUUGGAUUGACAGAUGGGAAUUGCAUAUAAAAAAUCACUGUGAAAGUUUAAAGGCCAUGAACCAUAAGGAUUUUUUACUUGAACUAUAUCAAAUUAUACGAUAACGCAUUAUUCAGUAUAUAAAUAUACUUUAUAUUUAGCUCACAGUUAGAUUAAGUUUUCGUACUGUUCAGAAAAGUUAUAUACAUGGGCCAAUUCUAAUAUGAUUGAAGAAGAUCAUAUCUUUUGAGUCUGAAAUUUUUUUUUCUGUAAUGUUAACGCACCAUGAUCACAGAUCAUUCCGUCUUAAAUAUUAUCCGUCCGUAUGUUAAUUAUUUGUUAAUUGUCUGUAUCUAUAAGAACCGUCCGUAGUUUCGUAAGUAUAGAGUUAAGCAGUGAAAAGUAUUAACAUUUUGUAUAUGAUAUACACCUGUUCUGCAUUAUCAAAUAACUCUAAUCUUAGUACAGCUAUUGUGUAGAUGAUGAUCUUAUAGCGAAGUUAGUCUCUCCAUAACGAAGUACCGUAGAACAACUAUGGAAAUCUAAAACGAUCUCUCUUUAUUCCAAUUCUUGCAAUAAGAUGUAUUUUGCACUUGCCGUAAGUUAAAGAAAAAAAAUUUUAACCGUCGCUACAAAGUUUAAUUUCAAGUAAUGAAGGAAAUUAGACCUAAAGCUACUAUGAAACUCCAUUUCAGUUUAACAUAUAAGUCUUUCAUCUUCUUAAUUCAUUGACAACUUAUUUUUGGGUUUGUAAAGGAAAUGCUAUAAUUUAGGUGUAUAGGAUCAUCAUCUGGAAAAUCAAUAGCACUCUCUGUCCGAAUGUAAUGCAUAAAAGUAAUUUUAUACACGUUUACCUUCAUAUAUACCAUGUUAUUUUUUAAAAAUAAAGUCUGGUAUUUACUUCUUUA